UGGUUACCUUCCACUUAGGCGCAAGAUCUAUAGGGUUAUUAUCAUUGAUGGCCACAGAAUCAAAUAAGGGAACACCAAUUUUUAUGGCUCACGGUAUUCUUGACGCGGUUGUGCCAUAUAAUUUUGGAAAAUUAUCAUCUGAAUCAUUGAAUUCUAAUGGAUAUCGGAUCAACUUCAAAACCUACAAUACGUUGCCUCAUUCUUUAAAUGCAGAAGAGCUUCAGGAUUUGGCACAAUUCCUUAAGGAUGUAAUUCCCGAUGUUUAA